UGCUGCUGCUCCCGGAGCGCAGUUGAUCCCGGCAUCUCGGCGGCUGCAAGAAGCCAGGCUCGUCCAGCAGUCGGCGCGAAGGAGGCCACCAUGAGCAGCAGCAGCCACAAGUGCGACGUGGUGGUGGUCGGGGGAGGCAUCUCAGGUCUAUCGGCAGCCAAGUUGCUGUUUGAAUCAGGAUUGAAUGUCGUGGUCCUGGAAGCCCGUGACAGGGUUGGAGGCAGAACAUUCACUGUAAGAAAUAAGCAUGUGAAGUAUGUGGACCUGGGAGGAGCAUAUGUGGGGCCAACACAAAAUCGUGUUUUACGGCUGUCUAAGGAGCUUGGACUAGAGACGUACAAAGUGAAUGAAGUUGAGCAUCUUAUUCAUCAUGUCAAAGGCAAGUCUUAUCCCUUCAAAGGCCCUUUCCCUCCGAUGUGGAAUCCCAUUGCCUAUUUGGAUUACAACAAUCUGUGGAGGACAAUGGAUGAAAUGGGGAAGGAGAUUCCUAAUGAAGCUCCAUGGAAGGCACCACAUGCAGAGGAGUGGGACAAAAUGACUAUGCAAGAAUUGUUAGACCAAGUGUGCUGGACAAAUGCUGCCAAGCGGUUUGCCACUCUGUUUGUGAACGUUGAUGUUACCUCUGAGCCACAUGAGGUCUCUGCCCUCUGGUUCCUGUGGUACAUUAAACAGUGUGGAGGGACAGCCAGGAUAUUUUCCACAACCAAUGGAGGCCAGGAGAGGAAAUUUAUUGGUGGUUCUGGGCAAAUUAGUGAGAAGAUUAUGGACUACCUGAGAGAUCGUGUUAAAUUAGAGAAGCCUGUAACCUAUAUUGAUCAGACAGGUGAAAAUGUCGUAGUGGAGACAUUGGACCAUGAAACUUAUGAGGCCCAGUAUGUUAUUAGUGCCAUCCCUCCAGCACUUAGCAUGAAGAUUCACUUCAACCCACCCUUGCCUCCAAUGAGAAACCAGUUGAUCAACCGGAUUCCUAUGGGAUCAGUCAUCAAAUGUAUAGUGUACUACACGGAAGCAUUCUGGAGGAAAAAAGAUUACUGUGGUACUAUGAUCAUUGAAGAUGAGGAAGCAGCUAUUGGUUUGACAUUAGAUGACACCAAACCUGACGGAAGCUUUCCAGCCAUAAUUGGCUUCAUCCUUGCUCGGAAGUGUAGAAGAUUGACUCAUCUCACUAAAGAAGAAAGGAAAACACGGAUCUGUGAGCUCUAUGCAAAGGUGUUGGGAUCACAGGAAGCCUUAUAUCCAGUCCACUAUGAAGAGAAGAACUGGUGUGAAGAGCAGUAUUCUGGAGGAUGUUAUACAGCUUAUUUCCCACCAGGGAUAAUGACUCAGUUUGGAAGGAUCAUUCGGGAGCCAGCUGGAAGGAUCUUCUUUGCAGGCACGGAGACGGCUACAGAAUGGAGUGGCUACAUGGAAGGGGCUGUGCAGGCUGGAGAGAGAGCAGCCAAAGAGAUAUUGUGCUCUAUGGGGAAAAUUUCAGAAGGAGAAAUCUGGAGGUCAGAACCAGAAUCACAUGAUGUCCCAGCCCUGCCGAUCACUACUACCUUUUGGGAAAGGAACUUACCUUCUGUACCUGCACUACUGAAGAUGAUGGGAUUCUCUACUUUCUUGUUGUCAGUGGCUGCAGCUGGGCUCUUUGCAUGUAGAAAGGGUCUGCUGGUGCGAAACGGGAAAUGGGCGUGCUAAUAUGAAGCUGUAUGUCUUGAUCUGGUUUGUGUACGUUCUCACAAUCGUUUUACUCUCACUGAGCUCUGAUUAUUGGCAUUCUCAAUUUCCCCAUGCAUUUAUCCUAGGAAAUGUGGCCUCAUGAAAGGGUCCAAGGUGUGUUACUGAGGCCACCACAAAAUUAGGUGCCAUUAAAAAAAAUAUACAGGUUUCUCUGGAGGCCAGUGUUGACAUGUUUUUCUUUUUACUAACUCAGAGUCUACACAGAUCUCACAACGGUAGAGCAAAACGUCAUUGUGCAGUGGAAAAAAGUAGUUGUAUAACUUACCCUUCAUCUCCAAAUGUUCUGGGGGACUGAUACAUACAUGAGAUGCUAUCAGUUAAUAAAUUCCAGUGACAGAGUUCCACAUGAAUUUGGGGUCGACGAUUUUCAGAAGCAUC